AUGGCUCCGAAACGUGUUCUUUGCGGCUACGGCAUUGACGUCGAUGCCGUGGCGAACUGGCAUCAAGGCAGCUGGUUUAUGCCGGCACACAGCAUCGAGUCGUUUCUGGCCCAGCUGACCAAGGUGCGAGAUGCCGGCCAUGAGAUCGGCCUGCACGGCUACACGCACGAGUAUCCGUCGGACCUGAGCGAGGUGCAGCAGCGUGACGUGCUGGAGAAGUCGAUCAAGGUGAUGACCCGCUUCUGUGGCGGCAAGAAGCCGGUGGGAUACACGGCGCCCGCCUGGGCGACGAGCAAGGAGCUCAUCCCACAUCUCGAGGAAUACGGCAUUAUCUACGAUCAUUCCUUCAUGCACCACGACUUCCAGAUGUAUUUCUGCCCCGACAGCAGCCACGACUGGGUCGAGACCAACUGUGCUCACGAUGCCUCCACCUGGAUGCGGCCCAUGUCCAAGGUGAAGCCGUCGCAGGUGGUCGAGAUCCCGGCCAACUGGCACCUGGACGACUGGCCGCCCUUGCAGCCGAUCCUCGGCAAGCCCAGCCACGAAUACAUCGAUACCGAGUUCAUCUUUCCCAUCUCCAUCCACCCCCAGAUCAGCGGGAAGCCCCACGUGGUCCUGCUGCACGAGCAGAUGAUCAAGUAUAUCAACUCGUUCGAGGGCGUCGAGUGGAUGACCAUGGCUGAGAUGGCGCAGGAGUUCCUGCAGGGGAGAAUUACUGGCGCCGCCGUCGAGGGCGGAGUAGACCUGUGA